AUGUCCGAAGACGUCAAAUCUAAAGGCGGUGCGACUAUCGAAAAGGGCGAUACUGUGGAGACCCCCUAUCGUGGUGGAACACAUACCGGGAAGGUCGAACAAAUCAUCACAGACGAAGACGAAGCGCGCAAUCUUGACGCCAAAGGCGCCAGUCAUGCCCCGGCUGUCGUCUUCACCGAUCAGAAUAACAAAAAGGUCGCGCAUAAGCCUGGGACGCUGUCGGAUUUGGAUAAGUAG